GGGUGGAGAAGAGGCCCAGGUGAGGAGCCAGCGCCCGCGUUCCGGAAGCUCCCUCCCGGGGCCAUGGGGGCACAGGUGAGGCUGCCGCCCGGAGAGCCCUGCCGAGAAGGAUAUGUGCUGUCUCUGGUCUGUCCAAACUCCUCCCAGGCUUGGUGUGAGAUCAAAAAUGUUUCACAGCUGCUGGCUUCUCCUGUGCUCUACACGGACCUGAAUUCCAGCAUAAACAACUUGAACAUUUCAGCAAGUGUAGAAAACAAAUACAGUCUUUAUGUGGGCUUGGUACUGGCCGUAAGCUCAAGUAUUUUUAUUGGCUCCAGCUUCAUACUGAAAAAGAAGGGCCUCUUGCAACUGGCCAGCAAGGGCGUUACUAGAGCUGGACAAGGUGGACAUUCUUACCUGAAGGAAUGGCUCUGGUGGGUAGGAUUGCUGUCAAUGGGAGCAGGAGAGGCUGCAAAUUUUGCUGCUUAUGCUUUUGCACCUGCCACCUUGGUCACCCCUCUGGGUGCUCUGAGUGUUCUCAUAAGUGCAAUAUUAUCUUCCUACUUUUUAAACGAGCACUUGAACAUUCAUGGGAAAAUAGGCUGCAUAUUAAGUAUAUUGGGGUCAACUGUGAUGGUUAUCCAUUCCCCAAAGGAAGAGGAGGUCACAUCUUUGCAUGAAAUGGAAAUGAAAUUGAGAGACCCAGGAUUUAUUUCCUUUGCUGUGAUCAUAACUGUGAUCUCUUUGGUGCUGAUUUUGAUUGUGGCUCCCAAAAAAGGACAGACCAAUAUAUUGGUUUAUAUUUCAAUCUGUUCCUUGAUUGGAGCGUUUUCAGUUUCUUCUGUCAAAGGCCUGGGAAUUGCCAUCAAGGAGCUGAUAGCGUGGAAGCCAGUUUACAAACAUCCCCUGGUCUUUGUUUUGCUGGCUGUACUUGUACUUUCAGUAACUACACAGAUUAACUAUCUCAACAAGGCACUGGACACCUUUAAUACCUCUCUUGUGACACCCAUUUAUUAUGUUUUCUUCACAUCCAUGGUAGUGACUUGCUCUGCCGUCUUAUUCCAAGAGUGGUAUGGCAUGACAGCUGGAGAUAUCAUUGGGACCCUGAGUGGAUUCUUCACUAUUAUCAUUGGCAUCUUCCUUCUACAUGCUUUUAAAAAUACUGACAUUACUUGGAGUGAGCUUACAUCCACUGCUAAGAAAGAAGCCGUCUCUCUGAAUGUCAGUGAAAACAAUUAUGUUUUACUAGAGAACUUGGAGUGCCCAGCCCCGGGAUACAAUGAUGACGUCACCUUGUUUAGUAGAACUGAUGACUGAAGUGUCUAGAAACACUGAGU